CAGUAAACUGCUGCGCUGCUGCUCUGAUGUAGCACCAGACUACCCCUUUAAAUAACGGCCAAGCUUAUAAAAAAUCUGUCAUUUGACAUUAUUCAACAAAUUCUCGAGAGUUCUGCAUGUUGAUAUCGGCACUAAUAAGUGAAAACGAAUCACAUUCGACGUCCCGUUACACUCUGGCUGAGGUUUCUGUCUGGGGAUUUGAGGAUCCUGUGGAUCUGCUUCGUUACAGUUUGAUAAAAUGGCACUGAAACGCAUCAACAAGGAACUCCAAGAUCUGGGACGUGAUCCUCCUGCGCAGUGCUCCGCAGGCCCUGUUGGAGACGAUCUUUUCCAUUGGCAAGCAACGAUUAUGGGACCAGCGGAUAGCCCAUAUGAAGGUGGAGUGUUCUUUUUGGACAUUGUCUUUCCCACGGAUUAUCCAUUCAAGCCUCCAAAAGUGAGUUUUCAGACAAAGAUCUACCAUCCAAAUAUUAAUAGUAAUGGGAGCAUUUGUCUGGAUAUUUUGCGAUCGCAGUGGUCACCUGCUUUGACGAUUUCCAAAGUGCUGCUGAGCAUCUGCAGUUUGCUGACGGAUCCGAAUCCUGACGAUCCCCUUGUUCCUGAAAUUGCUCGCGCUUAUAAAACUGAUCGGGAAAAAUAUAACCAAAUGGCGAGAGAAUGGACUAGCAAGUAUGCCAUGUGAGGCUGGUCGAAAGCGUUUUCAUAAAUCUGCACUGGAAUUCUGGAUUGGAAGAUUUUCACGCGGUAGAAGUCCUGUAUGUUUUAAUUAGUCGUAAUUUAACAAUUGUUCAUUGCUGGAUUAUCGUUUUUCUUUCUCUUGAGACAUCUUGCUUUUGCUAUUAUGGUUCUGAAUAGGUUUACUGUACUUCAGUUGUCACCACUGUAGCUAUCAGUUUUUUGGCAUUAAUUCUCGGUUGUAUUUUAACGGCAUUAGCGUUUUGCAGUGCAGUUACGACGAUACGUUGAUAAGGCAGUGUUCAUUUGUAAACGUGGAGGAACCAUCGUCGUACUGGUAACUGUUAUCAACGUUGCUGUGAUACGUACAUUGAGAACCAUCAACUUUUUUGAAGCAGAAUUUCCGCAGUACUUGCUAUGUCGUGUCAGUAGCAAAUUUUUUUUAACUACGAAAUGGUUAUGAAUCACUAAAGGCUAAAACUGUAAUAGUCGGUCGG